AUGCGUGCAGAGCUAGUUGAGACUGCAACAGAGAUUGAACAGGACAUUCAGGAACAUGUAGUGACGGUUAGUCCAUCAGUUCAGACUAGGAAGGCAGAGCAUCCUGGAGGCUGGGAUGAUGAUCAAGAAGGGACUAGAGGCUUACUUGGUUAUGAUAUCGAUGCCAAAGUCAAUAGGCCAGUCUACGGGAUAGCGCCGUUAUCUAAGGCUCCAUACAAGAUGGCUCCAGCAGAGAUGGCAGAGCUGAAGAAGCAGUUAGAAGAUCUAUUAAACAAGGGAGUUAUUCGUCCUAGUAUAGAUCUGGCGUCGGAUUACCAUCAGAUUCUGAUAGAUGAGACAGAUGUGAGAAAGACUGCAUUCAGGACAAAGUAUCGGCUUUAUGAGUUCGUGGUGAUGUCGUUUGGGAAUCAAAUCCAAAACAAUGUAUUCUUCAUAUAUUAUCUAUCCAAACACCUAGUCUAUGUCCCUAUCUUGGCAAUCCUACUCCUCGUACGCAGCGUUUCAUCACUAAACCUUACUAAUGAGUAUCUCAACCACAAAUGCUUCGUUAGUGAAGGGAAAUAUAAGCAUGGUGGUAAAUAUGAGAAAAACCUCAACGUUCUCAACCGUUAUGUCUCUGAUAAUGAUCUUGCGAGCGGAUACGUGCAUGUUUCUCAUGGCCAGGCUCCAGAUUCUGUCACCAUCAUAUUACAAUGUCGUGGCGACUCCUUCAGGUCCAAUUGCCACUCUUGCUAUGCCACCGCCGUCGACGAGUUUCACAGGAGAUGCCAGGGAGACAAGGCAGGAAUAAUAUGGUACGACCAAUGUUUUCUCGUUAUUUCUAAGAUCAAACCCCAAGUCCCAAGAAAGAUAGAUUUCAAAAACACUUUUUCAAUGCACAAUCCAAAAAAUGUGAGCAAGGAAGCAAGAUCGUUUGACAAGAUGACAAGGGAUUUCCUUUACGAGCUGGUGCGGAAACCCUCUUAUCCCACUGUGGUCGAACACCAGUCUACAUAUUAUGCUGCGGGGGAGAAAAAGCUCGGGGCGAAUAAAAUUUGUGCAAUGAUGCAAUGUGCAUCAGACAUAUUGCAAUGUAAGGUUUGUUUGGAAUGGUGUAUCAGAGAGCUUCCAAAGUGCUGCAAUGGUAAACAAGAAGAGAGAGUUUUAGGUAUGAGCUGUAAUCUUAGGUAUGAGCUAUACCCUUUUCUUAGGAAUUAA